AUGAAGGCAAUUUUAUUAGGCCUUAUUCGUUGCAUAAUUGGAAAAGAAUGUGACCAACAUAAUGAAAAGGGAGAUGGCGAGUUAAAAGAUAUCUUGUAUAGGCGGUUGUACGGUAGAAGAUACAUGAUUGUAUUAGAUGAUAUUUGGAGCACAAGAUUCUGGGAUGAGAUAAGGAUGUACUUCCCAGACAACAACAAUAGGUGUCGCAUUGUGAUCACCACCAGGGAAUCCAACAUGGCCAAAUAUGCGGACUCGAAGAGUUUGCAACAUCAGGUGCAGUUGCUAAACAAGUCUGAGGGUUGGAAUCUAUUCCGCCGAAUUGUGUUUGGAGAAGAGGAUGGGCCUCUUCUUGCCAUCAGUGUGAUUGGAGGGCUGUUGUCAAAGGUGGGAAGAUCAAAAGAUGUUUGGGAGAAUAUUGGGAACAACGUAAGAGCUGCGAUUGGUGAAUCAGACAAGCAGUUCUCAAAUAUACUAUCCUUAAGUUAUAACCAUUUGCCGCUUCACUUGAAACCAUGUUUCGUCUAUAUGGCAGCAUUCCCUGAAGAUUAUGAGAUUAAGCCCUCAAGACUCAUUUGUAUAUGGAUAGCUGAAGGAUUUGCGAAAUUGAAUGAAGAUAAAAGUUUGGAAGAAGAGGCAGAGGAUUAUCUCAAGUCACUUAUGGAGAGGAAUCUAGUUUCGGUUAGAAGUUAUCAUUGGUAUGGAAAAGCAAAGAGGUACAACAUGCAUGAUCUUUUGAGAGAUUUAUGCAUGAAGAAAGUUGUUGAUGAGAAGUUUCUACAUGUCAAAAAUUCCCCCGAGGUCACAUUGAUCUCUAACGUACGCCGCGUGAGUUUUCACACAAAAUAUGGUGUGCAAGAUGAUGAGUAUGCUUCCUCAGAUAUGUCACAUGCUAGAUCAUUUCUACUCUGUAUCAAGUUGGAUUGGAAUUUAUGUCUCAUGUUAUCCACAUUAAGCUUGCUUAGGGUGUUGGAUUUAUUGGAAAUGUAUAUGAAAGAGUUCCCAAGAGAAGUAUUACAACUUGUGAACCUACGCUACUUAGCUGUCUGCUGCGAUUCAUUACCUAGUAAUGCAAUAUCAAGAUUGCGUAAUUUGCAAACGUUGAUUGCUAAGCUACACGAUGGCUCUUGCCCAGCUGACUUGUGGGAGAUGUCCGAGUUGAGACAUCUCAUCAUGUUGGAUGCAUAUCUCUGGAUAAAAGAUGAUUACAUGAAAAAAAAAUUGUUGUGA